AUGGCGUCGAGUCAAAGUUGCCUUUAUUUUGUCCUUUUCUGUCUCUUCAUUUCCCUCACUUACUCCAACGUCCUCUCUUAUGAGGCCCUCAUAGCUGGUAAACCAACUGGACGUUCCCUUCUUCAAGCCCAAAAAGAAUGUACGGUGGACAUGGAAGCGCAAAAUUACACGAUCUUGACAAGCCAAUGCAAAGGGCCGAAGUACCCAGCGACGUCGUGCUGCCACGCAUUGUUGGAGUUCUGCUGCAGCUUUGUGGAAGAAUUGAACGACCGGACCAACAACUGCGCCACCACAAUGUUCAGUUACAUUAACCUCUACGGCCAAUACCCACCUGGCCUCUUUGCCAAUCAAUGCAAGGGUGGAGAACAAGGCCUGGAGUGUGGCAAACCCCUCCUUUCUCAAGAUGGGAGUGGCCACAUCAGUUUAUCUUCGGCUCGUUCGCUCCGUCAAACUCGGUCCCGACUCUACUCUCUCGCUCUUGCUCUCGCUCUCAUAUUUAUGCUCCAUGUAUUGCUUUAGAACACGAAAGGGGAACGGAAAGUUCUUUAUCUUACGUUCCCCGUUUUGUUGUCUUUCUUUAUACGACGAAGGUUUUGAAUCUUUCUGUGUUUGUUUGAUCGGUUAACCGUGACUUUGGUGGGAUUGGGAUAUGAAAGCUACUUAU